AUGGCAUCCAGCACUCUCAGCGGCGCGGUGAACAGUAAGCAAUGGAGCAUUACCCAGCAUCCGUUGGAAGCUAUCAAAACGGGUAUUCAGAGUUUCACUACGGGAGAAUUGCGUGGUGACCGCGAAACCCAUAUGAUGAGCGCCAAUGAGGGACCCGCGGAUAUCGCAGCCAAGAUUUCAGGCCGCGUUCCAGGCGGAAUUCGUACCGAUGAUGCCCCCUAUUUCACCAACAACGAGGCAAUUCCGUUUCCAGACGCAUGCCAUAGUAGGACCGUUGGUGGUAUUCCUGUGGCUAGCGACGUGUUUCUUUUUCAGAAGCAACAGACCUUCAACCGUUCGAAGAAUCUAGAACGAAUGGUGCAUGCUUGCGGAAGCGGCGCAUUUGGAUUUUUCGAAUGUACCAAGAACGUAUCGAGUCUGACGAAAGCCGAUUUCCUUCAGAAGCCUGGCGAGAAGACCCCUAUUUUCAUCCGCUUCUCUACUGUAACCCUUGGUAGGGAGUACCCUGACGAGGCGCGAAACCCACGAGGCUUCGCGAUCAAAUUCUAUACCAAAGAGGGGAACUAUGAUAUCGUGGGACUCAACUGGCCGGUCUUCUUCUGUCGCGACCCCAUUCAGGGACCGGACGUAAUCCGUUCGCAGUUUCGCGAUCCCAAGAGCUUCCUUCUUGACCAGGAUGCCACGUUUGAUCUGCUCGCUAAUACACCCGAGGCGAACCAUGCGGGAUUAAUGUUAUUCAGCGACCACGGAACUCCGGUGGGAUGGAGAUUCAAUCACGGUUAUGGAUGCCACACUUUCAAGUGGAUCAACCAACAGGGUCAAUUUGUGUAUAUCAAGUAUCACUUUAUCGCCAAACACGGGCAGAAACAGUUUACCUAUAACGAGGCUUUGAAAAAGAUGGGGGAGGACCCGGACUAUUCAAAGCGCGACCUCUGGGAAACUAUCGAGCACGGCGAGCAAGUCGAAUGGACGGCCAAGGUUCAAAUCAUGAAGCCGGAAGACGCGGAUGCAGACAAGUUAGGUUUUGAUCCGUUUGACGUGACCAAAGUUUGGCCGCGCGACAAGUUCCCGAUGGAGGAAUUCGGACGCCUUGUUCUGAACAAAAACCCGGAAGACUUCCACCGGGAUGUGGAGCAAGCGGCCUUUUCACCGGGCAGCAUGGUGCCCGGGAUCGGCGAUUCUCCUGACCCACUGCUCCAGUUCCGCAUGUUCUUCUAUAGGGAUGCCCAGUAUCAUCGUAUCGGCGUCAACCUGCACCAGAUUCCUGUCAACUGCCCAUUUAUGGCCCAGUCUUUCUCGUCGGUUAACUUCGAUGGACAGAUGCGUGCCGAUGCUAAUCACGGGGGAAACCCUCCAUACGUGCCGAACAGUUUUGUGCACAAGUUCCGCCCGGACGCCGCGGAGCCGGCUUUCCAGGUUUCGGAUAACAUUUGUAGCCGCAAGAGCCACUACUGGCACGAAGGCAAGAAGAACGACUACGCACAAGCGACUGAGCUCUGGGAACGUGUGAUGACCAAGGAGCAGAGGAAACAUACCUGCUACAAUACGGCCCGGAACUUGAAGCUUGUCAAGUACUCCUUAAUUCAGAAAAAGUAUCUGGCUCAAAUCUACAACGUCGCACCUGAGUGGUCGCGGGGUGUGUAUGAAAUGCUUCCCAAGAAGGACUUCGACUUUGAGGAAGUUGAGAAGUUAUCGCAGACCGCCCAGGAGUGGUAUAAGGAGAAGAAGUUUCAGCCGAGUCAAUCCUCUGAUCGUCUUGUUGGAUAUGCGCCCCCUGGGGCCGUGUAUAACGUGUGA